AUCUUCUAUUUAUGACAUUCCAUGGCCAGCUGAUAAGUGACAACAGAGAACACGUGUGGUGGAUAAAAUGGUGACCUUCUAUUAUCGAUAGCACAUACAUCAAGGACGAGUGUGUUACUCUAGAUAAACUUUGGUAACAAUGACGGAUGAAACUCUGGAAGCAAAUGCUUUUUAUAAGCAUUUGAAGGAAUAUCAUGGAGAACGUCUUUCAGAAUGGUGUGAACCUCAUUGGGUUGUUUGUAUCCCACAACAGAGUGUUUUAGAAGGAGUGGAACUUUCAGCACCAUUGAUAGAGGCCCAUGCCUUGAAGCAGCAUGGAUCAGAAGGGCGAUAUGUUAGUGUACUGUGUGGGGACAGUAUUGUGUAUGAGAUGUCAGGUGAAGAGCCAAGAGUUAUUAUCUACAAUGAAGAGGAAGGAUCUGAAGUUGUCGUCUUUAAAGCUACUGUGUUGAAUGAGUACCUGGUUACAUUUAAGGACAAAGUGAUUCAUCUCUUACUGGUUGAUAAAUUGCUCAACUCUGCUCAGGAUCAAGAUGACCAAGUUUCUGAACAUUUGCUUUUAACUGCUAUAACAUCUUUUGCUCAGUAA